CCAUUACCUUGCUCAUGUCGAUUCCCUCUCUGGUUUUUAGAUAGCUCCCAGUUUCGUGCUGUCCGCCCUUUGCAUGCUCUGAAUCUGUCCACUCUCCCUCUCUCUUUACCUCUCAUUCUCUCUACUAAUAAUGCCUUCUUACAUGGUCAUCUUGAGGAACAAUUGGUCAUGCAGCAACCAGCAAGUUUUGUUGAUCCUCGCUUCCCUGAUUAUGGCUUUUCUCAAUCUCAAUCUGAUGCUUCUCUUUUUAUAUAUCACCAUGGAUCUACUUGGAUUUAUUUCCUCGUAUAUGUUGAUGGUAUUAUAAUUACAGGCAAUGAUCCUUGUGCAGUUCAGUCUAUUAUUCAGGUCAUGGGUGCUAGUUUCUCCUUGAAAGAUUUUGGGCCUCCUAGUUUUUUCCUUAGAGUUGAGGCCAUUCCCACAACUGCUGGUCUUCUCUUAUCUCAGCAUCAGUAUAUUAUUAAUCUUCUCCACCAAUACAAUAUGCAUGAGGCAAAACCCGUGACUACCCCUCUUGCUGUUUCUCUUCCCUGCAUCCCAAUUUUGUCAACAAGCUCUCUCAGAUUAUACAUAAGCCCACGGAUGCUCAUUGGCAGGCUGCAAAACGUGUUCUUCGAUACCUACGUGGAACAAGUUUUCAUGGCUUAUUAUUACGCCCUCAGCGUGCUUUAUCUCUACAUGCCUACUCCGAUGCCGACUAGGUUGGCGAUCCAUCUACUUGUGUCAAUACCACUGCUAGGCGUUUCUGGUCUUGGCUCUCCUGUUCUAUUUUGUGAUAAUGUUGGUGCCACUUAUUUGAGUCUUAAUCCUGUUCUCCACUCUCGUAUGAAACACAUAGCCAUUGAUUUACACUUUGUUCGAGAUCUGGUUGAUCAAAAACUUCUUCAUGUAUCUCACAUUUCUUCUCACGACCAGUUGGCUGAUGGUCUUACAAAGGCUCUGUCUACUGCUCGUUCUUCCAAUCUCCACUCCAAGAUUGGUGUUGCUGAUGGCACCUCCAUCUUGCAGGGGCGUGUUAAGGAAGGUGUAUCUCCUACGUGAUCUGCAGUAAAUGGCACCAUGAUUC